AUGGCGCGAAUAAAGAAUUCUCAAGCCCAGGCAGAGCUGGUCGGUGAAUGGUCGAGGACGAGGAGAGCCCCCACCAAGGGACGCGAGGUCUGUCUGCCGCCUCAUCCUGCUCCAGCCAUGUCGAGCGAUGCUGUGCCGCUAGAAGACCGCUCAGGAUCCCCCGGACGACCCUCUCUGUCCUCAGAACCGAUCUCACCGUCACACACUCCCCUUCGAACCGCCGAAUACGAUGAACAUCCGAGCGACGAGGAGGACGCGGCAGAGGGACUCUUGGCGCGCGCAGAUGGCGCAGCAGGGGUGGAAGAGAAGCAUGCAGGCUUCCCACGACGAGCUCGCGCACGAACAGCCUCGUUCUCCUUCGAUUUCAGCUCGCGACUCCUCCAACUCGAGGCUUCGGACGAGCUUUCGUCGGCAGAGCGCGGAGUGAAUGGCGGCAAGGUCAAGGAGCACGUCUCGUUCGUCGGUGGCGUGGCUUUGAUCGUCGGGAUUGUCAUUGGGUCGGGCAUCUUCUCCUCGCCAGGCGUCGUUGCGGCAGAGACGGGCAGCGUGGGAACGGCGUUACUUGUCUGGGCGAUUGCAGUCGUCCUCUCUUGGGCAGGAGGGUCGAGCUUCGCCGAACUAGGCACGGCGCUGCCAGGAAACGGCGGCCAUCAGGUCUACCUGAACGCGGCAUUCGGCCCUCUCGCUGCCUACUGCUACUCCUUCUCGGCGGUCACUGCCCUCAAGCCCGGCUCACAAGCCAUCAUCUCCCUCAUCUCCGCCGAAUACCUCUGCCGCAUCUUCUGGCACACCGCGUUCGAACCCGAUCCUCGCGCAGCCGUCCGAACCAUCCCGACCGUCGCCAUCAAGCUCGUCGCGAUCGCCGGUCUCUUCCUCAUCUCCGCCGUCCACGCCUGGAGCACCAAGGCGGGCACUCGGACGCAGCUAGUCGUGACGGUCUUCAAGGUUCUCGCCCUCCUACUCGUCUUCAUCGGCGGUAUCGUCUACCUCAUCACCGCCAAGCCAGCCUCCGACUUCUCGUUCAGCGGGUCCUCGCACAAGCCGGCGGGUUACGCACUCGCGCUUUUUUCGGCGCUCUGGACGUUCGACGGCUGGGAUGCCGCCAACUAUGUCGCCAAAGACGUCGCACCGGGCGUCUUACCGCUUAUGAUCAACAGCAGCAUGGCUGUGAUCGUCGUCCUCUUCCUCGCCGCCAACGUGUCCUACUUCCUUGUCCUCCCUUUCGACAUCGCAACGGCGACGACGACAAUCGGCCUCGACUUCGGCCGCGCGCUGGCUGGUCCCGUUGGCGGCUUGCUGUUUGCGAUUGUCAUCUCGAUAUCAGCUCUUGGUGCUCUCAACGGGACGCUCUACACUUCCUCCCGCCUCAUCGUUGCAGCGAGCGAGCAAGGCUUCCUCCCUCGCGCUUUCUCCAACUUCCACAAGGGCCGCAAAACGCCAAUCAACGGCAUCCUCCUCAGCUCCACUCUUUCGACCAUCUUCAUCUGCCUUGGCGACUUUUCCAGCUUGACCCUCUUUUACGGCGUCGCCGCAUGGACGUGGAACUUUUCCGCCGUGAUAGGGCUGCUCGUCUUGCGGAGAACGGAACCGACUCUCAAGCGACCAUACCGCACCUUCCUCGUCACGCCUAUCCUGUUCGCAAGCACGGCACUCUUCCUCAUCGUCCUCUCUUGCUUCUCGCGACCGAUCCAAUCGUUCGCUGCGUUCGCCUUCUGCGUGGCGGGCAUUGCGCCGUUCUUUCUGCAUGUCCGGCAAAGCGAACCUCGCGCGAACGACGGCUUAGAAAUGACAUAG